UUGACCACUGAAAUUCCACGGAAGAAGGAGAAGGAAGCUGGAACUCCGUCACAGCACUUGGUUUAUUUUGCUCCAGUUUUGUGUGGUUAGCUACAUCAAAUAGCAAUUCCGUCUCUGUCUAGUUUCGUGAAAUUCCACUCACGUUUUUUGGGGCGCGAUUGUCUUAACGGAGUAGAGGUAGGUGUAUUCGGGAAACAAUAGUUGCACACUUGGUUGUUGAACCGAGACACUGUCUGUGAAACAAGGGGCCUGCACAGGCACCCGUUGGCGACAGCCCUAACAGCCACAAUGAGCUCGGAGCAGCAGAGCGACAGCGUGGACCCGGAUGAGUCGCAGGACAGGUCUAGCAGCAGCAGGGUGUCGGACAAGGAACAGGACCCCCAGACAGAUGACUCCGCCGAUGAAGGCAAGACGCCGACGCGUCCUCCGCAGAGCAGCCGAGAGGAGGGAAGUGCUAACCCGAGAAGCUCCAGGGCGGAUUUUGCAGCCGCGGAGGACAAUCCCCGGUGUCAGCCGAAUGUACAAGGCGCCUCGGGGCAGGGGGGUACCUCUAUGGCUGGCCCUGGUUCGGUUGAGAGUAGCUCCAACAGCCUGUUCUCCAUGCUACAGAGCAGGACUAUAAGGAGAGGACUGUUCGUGGAUCCAUCUAGGGAUAACUUUAGGACAAUGACGAACUUGUAUUUUUCCAUGAGUCCGGCUGCAGACUCGGUCAACCUCAGUACCCAAACUCAUGGCGCAGUGUUCAAUUUGGAAUACUCCCCCGACGGGUCUGUCCUGACAGUGGCCUGUGAGCAGACAGAGGUUCUCCUGUUCGAUCCCAUCUCCUCCAAGCACAUCAAGACCCUGGUGGAGGCCCAUGAAGACUGUGUCAAUAACAUCAGGUUUCUGGACAACCGGCUGUUUGCCACGUGCUCGGAUGACACCACCAUAGCGCUGUGGGACCUGAGGAAGCUCAACUCUAAGGUUUGCUCUCUGCACGGUCACGCCAGCUGGGUCAAGAACAUCGAGUACGACACCAACACGCGACUCCUUGUCACCUCUGGCUUUGACGGCAACGUCAUCACCUGGGACACCAACAGGUUUACAGAGGAUGGCUGCCCCCACAAGAAGUUCUUCCACACGCGCUACCUGAUGAGGAUGCGUCUGACUCCAGACUGCUCCAAGAUGUUGAUCUCCACGUCAUCGGGUUACCUGCUGAUCCUCCAUGACCUGGACCUCACACAGUCUCUGGAGGUGGGCAGCUACCGCAUGCUGCGGGCCAGACGCACCCCCCUCAGCUCAGAUGGCUCAGCAUCUGCAUCGAGGUCAAGUGGAGCUCCUCGACAGGGUAACGACUCCAGCAAGAUCCACCCUCACAGAGAAGGUCUCUCCCCCAGGAAUAGCUUGGAGGUGUUGACCCCAGAGAUCCCAGGAGAGAGGGACAGGGGGAACUGCAUCACCUCUCUCCAGCUUCACCCUAAAGGCUGGGCCGCCCUCAUACGCUGCUCCUCCAACAUGGAUGACCAGGAGGUGAGUCACCUGACCCCCCAAAACCCCCAGGAGUGGACAUGUGUGUAUGAGUUCCAGGAUGGCUCCCCCACACGUCCCCCCGUCUCCCCGCGCUGCUCUCUGCGUCUGACCCACUACAUCGAGGAGGCUAACGUGGGGAGGGGCUACAUCAAGGAGUUGUGCUUCAGUCCUGACGGGCGGCUCAUCUGCUCCCCCUACGGGUACGGAGUACGGCUGCUGUCCUUCGACGAGAACUGUAUGGAGCUGUCUGACUGCCUGCCCGUCCAGACCAGCUGUCUCCGAGAGGUCCGGUCCAUCUACUCCCAUAGCGAUGUGGUCCUCACCACCAAGUUCUCUCCAACCCACUGCCAGCUGGCGUCAGGCUGCCUCAGUGGCCGCGUCGCCCUCUACCAGCCCAGGUUCUAACAGCAGGGCUGUCCCAAAUGGUCCCCCCCUAUUCCUUAUGGGCUCUGGUCAAAAGUAGUGCACUAUAUAGGGCCCUGGUCUAAAGUAGUGCACUAUAUAGGGCCCUGGUCUAAAGUAGUGCACUAUAUGGGGAAUAGAGCUCUGGUCUAAAGUAGUGCACUAUAUAGGGAAUAGGGCCCUGGUCUAAAGUAGUGCACUAUAUUGGGAAUAGGGCCCUGGUCUAAAGUAGUGCACUAUAUAGGGAAUAGGGCUCUGGUCUAAAGUAGUGCACUAUAUAGGGAAUAGGGCCCUGGUCUAAAGUAGUGCACUAUAUAAGGAAUAGGGCCCUGGUCUAAAGUAGUGUACUAUAUAGGGAAUAGCGCCCUGGUCUAAAGUAGUGCACUAUAUAGGGAAUAGGGCCCUGGUCUAAAGUAGUGCACUAUAUAGGGAAUAGGGCCCUGGUCUGAAGUAGUGCACUCUAUAGGGAAUAGGGCCCUGGUCUAUAGUAGUGCACUACAUAGGGAAUAGGGUGCCAAUUUUGGGACACUCGAGUAAUCAGGUAGACCUUUAUUCAUUUGGCACCGAACGGAAAGAAACCAGACUGAACCGGAAGGACUACCUUGAACUUGGUUUUGCUACCGUUAUACCCUGAUGCAAUGGUCACCAACCUUUUUCCUGAGUCGAGGACACUUUCGUAAAAGCAAGCCGAGCUCGACCGCCCCCAUCAUUUCUUUUAAAAAAAUGUAACGUUAACCUAAUAAAAAGUUACAUUUUCACAGCA